AUGGACGUGUGGGAAUGGCAACCGUCGACGACUUCACCCACGUAUUUUAAAAAUAUCUGUCGAAUUAGGGAUGAAAUUGUGGGCAAGGCGGGUUCCAUUCCAUUGCUUCUUGCUCGAUUGGAGACGUUCUCAAGCAUGGGGAAGAUUACGGUGGGUCGUGUUUAUGACUGGAUUAGGGCCCCGACCGGGGGGCCGCCAUGGGGCCGACGAAUUUGGGACCACUCGAUGACUCCCAAACACUCUUUCAUUCUUUGGUUAGCUGCCCUUGAUCGGUUGCAAACCCUUGAGAAUGUGGCAAAUUUUCAGGUUGUUGAGAAGACUUGUGUGAUGUGCGGAGCGGGGAAUGAGGACCGUGAGCACUUAUUUUUUCGGUGUAGCAUCUCGAGAGACGUAUGGGACCGAAUACGUAUAUGGCUAGGGAUCUCACAAAGACCAACUACGCUACGGGCUGCCUUGAAAUGGCUCGUAAAGGAUGUAAAGGGUAAAUCGUACCGAAGCAAGACGAGACGAUGUGCUUUGGCGAGUGUAGUUUAUCACAUAUGGGAGGCGCGGAACAAACGAAGGUUUGAUAUGACGGAGACUACGGUAGCCGCCCUUACUCGGAGGAUUCAAACACAUGUUUACUCAGCUAUGUUCAUGCAGCACCCGGAAUUGACGACCAACAGCGGCGGCCGGUUCAUCAUGGACCACAUUGACGCCAACUAG